AUGAUUCCACACUUUUCUGCAACUAGAAUUUAUAACACCAGUUUUUUUUCUUCUUUCAUCCCCCAUCUUUUUAUGUGGGCACUACUAUCUCGGAAUGAGGCCCAGCCUCCGCUCAAUCCCGAUCUAUCAUUCUUGGCCAUUUCCUUUCUUACUUUGGAGGCGGUUUUAGAGGUGGUGAUUAUUUGCUUCGCUGGUUUUAUGGCAGCAAAGACGAAGCUUCUCUCUACCGCUGGCCAAAAAGUCAUUUCUCAACUCAACGUUGACUUAUUCACCCCAUGUUUGGUCUUCACUAAGCUUGCGCCAUCGCUUUCGUUGAACAAAAUGGUGGACAUCAUCAUUAUCCCGAUUUUUUAUGCCGUUACUACUUUGGCCUCCCUUGUCUGCUCGCGCGUCAUGUCCAAUUUCAUGCUGUUGAAUAAUGCUGAGUCCGACUAUGUCACGGCCAUGGCUGUUUUUGGUAACUCAAACUCCUUACCUGUGUCGUUAACUAUGUCUUUGGCUUACACAUUACCAGAUUUAUUGUGGGAUCAAAUUGAAGACGACGACUCUGACAAAGUUGCUUCCCGUGGUAUUUUGUACUUGUUGAUCUUUCAGCAACUCGGCCAGAUAUUACGGUGGUCGUGGGGCUACAACAAGCUAUUGCGUAAAAGAUCCCCCGAAGAGCUUUCAGGGUACCAGUUGGAAACGGAAGCCGAAAUCUCCGUUGGCUCAGAUGACGUCGAACUGUCUCGUGCCUCUUCGUCUUCUCGUCAAGCAAAUGACUCAGAGGAAGAAAAUGAUUCGCUUUUAACGAACCGUAAGCAACCUAUCGUGGAAACGAUUACAGCUGAGCAAUCCGUGUUAUCCCAAAUAUGGUACAGCAAACCAGUUCAAGGAUUUUUGUCUUUCAUGAAUCCGCCAUUGUAUGCUAUGUUAAUAUCGAUUGUCGUGGCCUCUGUUCCAGCUUUCCAAAAGGAAUUUUUCUACAAUGACUCAUUUAUCCAAAACACCCUUACUAAAUCAAUUGACCAGCUUGGUUCUGUUUCCAUUCCUUUGAUCUUGAUCGUAUUGGGGUCGAAUUUGUACCCUUCAGCAGAUAUUCCUGCUCCCUCCAGAAACUACAAGAAGAUUGUUUUUGCAUCUUUGGUGUCCAGAAUGAUUCUUCCGUCGUUUGUCCUUUUGCCUUUAAUUGCGAUUUGUGUUAAGUAUGUGAACAUUUCCAUUUUGGAUGAUCCCAUCUUUUUAAUUGUGGCGUUUGUGCUUACUGUUUCCCCGCCUGCAAUUCAACUCUCACAGAUCACUCAACUCAAUGGUAUUUACCAAAAAGAAAUGGCAGGCGUUCUUUUUUGGGGUUAUGUGAUUUUGACAUUACCCACAACGAUCUUUAUCGUUGUAACCAGUUUGGAAGUUUUGAAAUGGGCUACAUAA